UGAGAAGGCACACAGCAAGCAGCAUGGCGACCUUUGGUUAUUUAUCUAAAGACGUUCUGACCGGUUUUGACAACUACAAGUACAGUGCUGUAGAUACAAGUCCUGUAGCCAACUACAUCUGUCACCCCUUCUGGAACUGGGUAGUGCAGUUCUACCCACUAUGGAUCGCCCCGAACGUGCUGACACUGUCCGGAUUCCUCCUUCUCCUACUCAGCUUCUUCGUCAUGACGUACUACGACCCCGACUUCUAUGCCUCCAGUCGAGACUACCCGGACUAUGGCGUCAUACCCAACUGGGUGUGGCUCAUGGGUGCCGUCAACAACUUCAUGUCACAUAAUCUGGAUGGUACAGAUGGCAAACAGGCCCGACGUACAGGCACCAGCUCACCACUCGGAGAGCUGUUCGAUCACGGAUUGGAUAGCAUGGGUGCACUCUUCAUUCCGGUGGCUCUCUACUCUAUAUUUGGGCGCAGUGAGAUGAGUGUGGAUGUGUUCCGUUGCUACUACAUCUUACUGGGGAUCAUGACUUGUUUUCUAUUGUCUCACUGGGAGAAGUACAACACCGGUAUCCUCUUCCUCCCCUGGGGGUACGACAUCAGCCAGAUUGCUAUGACGUUUGUGUACCUAAUAACAUAUUUUGGAACGUAUGAGAUAUGGAAGUUCACAGUUCCUGUUAUUGAUUGGACAGCAGCCGAGUGUGUCGUGAUGCUGUGCUACAUGGGCUUCUUCUUUCUGACAUUUCCCCCAAGUCUCUACAACCUAUAUGUAUCUUAUCGUGACAAGACAGGAAAGAUGCGAUCCUUCUCUGAAGCAAUGCGACCUCUUGUAUCAACAGCGCUGCUCUUUACCAUGUUAUUAUUAUGGGCCAAUGUGUCCACCUACCGAGUAUUGGACAACCACCCUAGACUGUUCUACUGGACCACCGGAGCAGCGUUCUCAAACAUUGCAUGCAAUCUAAUUAUUGCUCAGAUGAGCAACACCCGUUGUGAACUGAUCAACACACUACUGUUGCCACUAUUCACAAUUGUCUUCCUCUGUGGAGUGUUUAGUCUUGGAAUCAUCGAGUUCUACCUUCUCUGGUCGUACUGCAUAUACGUGACAGUGUCUCAUGUUAUAUUUGGUGUCAGCGUGGUGUGCGAGAUGUGUGAGCAUUUCAAUAUCAAGGCAUUUACCAUACCAGUGAAGAAAUCCUGAUCACAGCCACCAUUUUAAAUACUGCUCUUAUUUAUUGUUUGUGAUAUUGAAAGUCAGAAGCCAUGUUGUUUGUUCAGAUAUUAUGGCUGUCCAUCGCUCAGUCCCUGUUGGACAUCAGCAGCAAGGAAGGUGUAGUGAAACAGUUCCUCCAUCCAGAGUCUGCUUGUUAAACAUUUCGUCGAACUUCUUCAAUACUUCACAGAUUUGUACACACAACAUUCCUCUAUCUCCAGAAAAUAGGUCCAGUUAAAGGUGUUGCCAUUUUAAACUAAUUAAUUAAGCAAAGCUUAAUUCAGUAAGAGGUGUUCUCCGAUCUAUGAUAUGAAGAUGACCUCACAAAAUAUGUAAGUAAGUCGUCCUGGUUGACAAUAUAGGUAGAAUGUACAUAGCAGCCUGUGUCUACAGCCACAGACCUGGACACUGAGUCUGGUUAAAUUCUUGCAAAAGUCUUUUAAGUUCACCUUGUAGUAGUAAUGAAUAUAUGUAAGAAUCUGAUAAUAAUAAAUAUAGCAAUAAUUAAACUCCAAUGAAAUUGAUCUCAAGAGCCAUGAUCAUGUAAGCAGACUCAUUAAUCUUCGGCAACAACUGGCAUCCUCUUGAUGUCUGCUCGAUGCAUUGCCUCCAUUGUGGGAGAAGUAGGAUUCUUACAUAUAUAGAAUAUGGAUAUCCAAAGGGCCAUAACAUUAGCUUAAAUGUGUCACUAGAUGUGUCACUUCUACAUUGCAUAGUGACAGUAAGUAUCCCUGGAUAAUGAUGGAACAUAGCAUAUACGUGACAGUGAAAUAUUUAUGGUGUUUACCAUGCUCUGAGAAUAAAUGUAAGAACCAUUCCAUCAUGUUUACGGACAUGCAAAUCCUCGUUUCACAUGAUUGUCAGAUAGUCCAGGAUUUAAAUUUUUUAUUCAGAACAAGUUUCCUUUCUUUUCCCCUGAAGAUGAAUGGAGUUCACUUUGUUGAAAGAUGAGAUAUUGAUGAUUAGUUGUGAAGAAAGUAUAAUGUGUGAAUGGCUGCCUGUUACAAGUCUUAUCAUUAAUCCUGCUGAGCCCCAUGGCAAAUUCUAGUCUUUAUGGAAAUGAUGCCGCCAUUUUCUUUUUCAAAUAUAUUUAUAAGCAUGAAUGGCAUUUCCAUCUAGUUAAUCUGUCAUGAUUGGUGGGUAUCACGACACACACGGUUACAAUUGUGGAUGUUUUUAACUGGUUUUUAGAAGUAUAUAAGUAUCAUACAGGCCACAAAGUGUUAGCUUAUAGCAUUCACAAAUUGGUACCAUCAGUGCACAGUGUAUUUAAGUCAAUUCAUAUGCACACAAUUAAUUUCACAAGUAAUAAAAAUAGGUUUUGUAGUUGGAAUUAAAUAUCCAUUUUCAACAGGAUACCCUGAUUUGAAUAAUAUGUGACCGAUGUUGGCAGGGGAGAUAAUAUAGAUUUGAACUGAUGCAAUAUGAAUUCAGUAUUCUUUACAGAAGUUGCAUUAUCUGAUGUCUGUGUUGUAGGAGGACUGUAAUUAGGAUUUGAAUUAUUAUAAUUAUGAAUGACCCUGUUUAAGCUUCAUGAAAAGGAACAUAUGCUGUGGUCCAAACACAAUAGGUCCGUAAGUAGCUCAUGGCACUUCGCGAGACCUUAAGACUUCCGGUGACAAACAACGUUUCAUACCUUUUCAAAUGGUCUCACGGUUGUCUGUCGACAGUAAGGAACUGAUAAUCCUCGCAGGAAUAACAAAUUUCCGAUCUAACCAUCCCCAAAUUAGCCAAGUAUUACGACUGUCAACAGCUGUGACAGCCAAGCAUGGUUGUACACUUAGUCCGGUAUAGUAAAGUUAUAUUUGGCAGUCACUCAAUCUGGAACCAGAACUGAUUCUUGAAUAUACGCUGUCGCCAGAAAUCUGGUACCGGAAGUAAGCUGGGCCCCGUCUCGCAUAUCGUAAGUUGAUGUGCGUAAAGGGAGCCGGGAACCAGCUUAGUACUGGAAAUAGUGCCUCAUGAGACUUACAGGCCUUGUGCCCCUAACAUAGUGGUCCAGUGCAGGGGUCGGAGCUUCGUUGUCCCAGCAUGAUGGCCUAAGUGUUACGGUCCAUGCUGUGGUCCCAGUGGUUCCAGCAGAAUGUCUCAGCACAGUGGUCCAAGUACAGGGGACCACUGCUUCAAAACUAGUCUUUGUCCAAUGUCUACAGAAUAUGUUGGUAAUACAUCUCAAACUAGGGAAGAUAUUACCCCUGGGUGAAUGAUGAUAUGUUGUAUUAUUACCAACGAGGGCAACCAUAUCGGGGUUCAUAUUUUAAAUACAAUGCCCUAGGGCAAAAUAUGACUUUGUCAUGGUGACGUGAUGUCAUGAACAAAGUUAUG